GCAACUUUAGCUUUUUGUACACAUGAGGGCGUAAUAUCCAAGAUGGCAGCGCCCAUGGAUGAUCAUGCCACCAGUGCGAUGUCAUCAUCAGAGACAGCAGAAAAGGACGAAAGAACUGAAUCCAGCCAACCUAAUAUAGACAAAAGAAACUGGAAUGAAAGGAGAAAACACAGAAAUUGUAUUGAAAGAGCAGAUUUUGCUUGCAAACACAAUCCUUAUGUAAAAUUCAUGCUUGCUGCCAUGGAACAAAUUGGAUGCCCAGUGGAUCUCGAUACACACAUAGUGUGUGAGCCGUGUGCUAGUGACAGUCCUGUCAAUGGAGGCUUCGAUCCGGUGAAUGGUCAGAUCGUUUUAUGUGAAAACAAGAGCCCCUCCCAGAGAAUAUUGAGUACACUUCUCACCCACGAGCUGAUACAUGCGUAUGAUCACUGUAGAGCCAAAGUGGACUGGACAGAUAUAAGACAUGUCGCUUGUUCAGAGAUUAGAGCCUCCAGUUUGAGUGGUGAUUGUUCUUUCUUGAGUGACAGUCUUUACAGCUGGAACUUUAGAUUUAAAAAUCAUCAUCAGACUUGUGUGAAGAGAAGAGCUAUUGGGUCUAUAUUGGCGGUCAGGGACGUUUCUCGGGAGGACGCGGAGAAAGCCGUCGAUAGUGUCUGGGAGACAUGCUUCAAAGACUAUGCACCUUUCACCUGUAUACCAAGGAGACCAGCUGACCUGAAAUCAGCAUCACAUGAUCAAUCACAUGACCAGAAAACUGCUUUUCCACCAAAAAGAUAACACAUGGUUAAUAGGCAAUCAAUUUGAACUGAAAUGCUUUUGCAGGUGUACGUGCUUGUGGUAUGUGUUGUUUCACACAAGGAU